AUGUUGCGGACCAUAUUUGAAGCGGAGUGUUCUCUCUCUCCCACAGAGGGGAUCUUGGGGAAGGAGCAGGCGCUGGAGGUUCUGAAGACGUCUGCGCUCAACCACAUCCCAACAGUGGACAUCAACUCGGCGCUGCCCCUGCGUCUCCCACCGGCCGCCAUCCCCAUGGACCUGCGCGUGGACCAUCACCAGCAGCAGCAGCAGCAGCAGCAGCAGCAGCAGCAGAAGGUGUCCUCCCUCUCCCCGCCCGGCCACCAGGCGCCCGGCUCCCUCGGAGGCCCGGGCCAGGGGGGGGCGGUGGCGUCCUCGGUGCGCGAGCAGCAGCUGCAGCAGGAGCUGCUGACGCUGAAGCAGAAGCAGCAGAUCCAGCGGCAGAUCCUCAUCGCCGAGUUCCAGCGGCAGCACGAGCAGCUGUCCCGCCAGCAUGAGGUCCAGCUCCAGGAGCACAUUAAGCAGCAACAGGAGCUCCUGGCGCUGAAGCACCAGCAGGAGCUGCUGGAGCACCAGAGGAAGAUGGAGAACCACCGGCUGGAGCAGGAGCUGGAGAAGCAGCAGAGGGAGCAGAAGCUGCAGCUGCUCAAGAACAAGGAGAGAGGACAAGAGAGUGCCGUGGCCAGUACUGAGGUGAAGAUGCGUCUCCAGGAGUUUGUCCUGAACAAGAAGAAGGCGCUGGCCCAGCGGAGCCUCAACCACGGAGGCCUCCCCAACGACGCUCCCUACUGGUACCGUAAAACCCAGCACAGCUCUCUGGACCAGAGCUCGCCUCCACAGACUGGGAUGUCCACCUACAACCACCCGGUGCUGGGCGUCUACAACCCUCGGGAUGACUUCCCCCUGCGGAAAACUGCCUCGGAGCCCAACCUGAAGCUGCGCUCGCGGCUGAAGCAGAAGGUGAGCGAGCGGAGGAGCAGUCCGCUGCUGCGGCGCCGGGACAGCCCCAUCACCACGGCCAAGAAACGCUCGCUGGACAUGGCAGACUCUGCAUGUAACAGCGCUCCGGGCUCAGGACCCAGUUCCCCGAAUAACAGUUCACACAACAUCCCCAAUGAGAACGGCAUCGCUGGGUCACUGUCCAACAACCAUGAGGCGUCUCUGGCCCACAGGCUGAGCGGUGGCGCCGAGCACGGCUCCGUUAGCCAGCUGUCCCUCUACACUUCGCCGUCCUUACCCAACAUCACCCUGGGGCUGCCCGCGACUGCCACGGCCACGGCUGCUUCCAACGUGACCUCGGCCCAGCAGGACGGAGGUCUGCAGCCGGCCCUCUCCCUCAGCCCGCCUUUCCUCUCCGGUGGCCACUUGACCCCCUACCUGGCGGAGGCGGGCGGGGGGGCAGGCGGACAUGGCGCCCACAGUCCGCUGCUCCAACACAUGGUGCUCAUGGAGCAGAGCCAGGCACAGAGCCCCCUGGUGACAGGCGUGAGCGGCCUGUCCAUGUCCCCGGCAGCGUCCAUGGCCAAGCUGCAGCGGCAGCACCGGCCCCUGGGGAGGACCCAGUCGGCCCCCCUGCCCCAGGGCAGCGCGGCCCAGGCCCACGCCCAGGCCCUGGCCCUGCAGCAGCUGGUGGUGCAGCAGCAGCACCAGCAGUUCCUGGAGAAGCACAAGCAGCAGUUCCAGCAGCAGCAGCUCCACCUCAACAAGAUGAUGGCCAAGCCCAGCGAGUCACCCGUGGGCCGGCAGCACCAGAGCCACCCGGAGGAGACGGAGGAGGAGCUGAGGGAGCACCAGGACGGCGGAGCUCUGCCGCCGGGGGUCUCCAUCAAGCAGGAGCCCCUGGACCCGCAGGAGCUGCAGGAGGAGGCCAUGCAGCAGCACCGGGAGAGGCAGGUGGAGCAGGAGCUGCUCUUCAGACAGCAGGCCUUGUUGCUGGAGCAGCAGCGGAUCCAUCAGCUGAGGAACUACCAGGCGUCCAUGGAGGCUGCCGGCCUGUCAAUCUCCUUCCCAGGACACCGGCCCCUGUCCCGGGCCCAGUCCUCUCCGGCCUCGGCGUCCUCUUUUCAAAUCAGCGUCCCAGCCCCCGAUCCUCCGGUCAAACCUCGCUUCACCACAGGUCUGGUGUAUGACUCGUUAAUGCAGAAGCACCAGUGCAUGUGUGGCAACACCAACAGCCACCCGGAGCACGCCGGACGCAUUCAGAGCAUCUGGUCCCGGCUGCAGGAGACCGGACUCCGAUCGCAGUGUGAGUGUAUCCGUGGGAGGAAGGCCACGCUGGAAGAGCUGCAGACGGUUCACUCUGAAGCCCACGUCCUGCUGUACGGAACCAACCCUCUCCGACAGAAACUUGAUUGUUCAAUCACUCCCAUGUUUGUACGGCUACCGUGUGGUGGUGUGGGGGUGGACAGCGACACCAUUUGGAACGAGGUGCACUCCUCCAGCGCGGCCCGGCUCGCCGUCGGCUCGGUGGUGGAGCUCGUCUUCAAGGUGGCUACCGGCGAGCUGAAGAACGGUUUCGCUGUGGUCCGGCCUCCUGGACACCACGCAGAGGAGAGCACCCCCAUGGGAUUCUGCUACUUCAACUCGGUGGCCAUCGCAGCCAAGCUGCUGCAGCAGAGGCUCAGCGUCAACAAGAUCCUCAUCGUGGACUGGGACGUUCACCAUGGCAACGGCACCCAGCAAGCAUUCUAUGAGGACCCCAACGUCCUUUACCUGUCUAUUCAUCGCUAUGACGAUGGAAACUUCUUCCCUGGAAGCGGGGCGCCUGACGAGGUGGGCAGCGGCCCGGGAGUCGGCUUCAACGUCAACGUUGCCUUUACUGGAGGCCUGGAUCCUCCGAUGGGAGAUGUGGAGUACCUGGCUGCCUUCAGAUCAGUGGUGAUGCCCAUAGCCAACGAGUUUGCUCCGGACAUCGUGCUCGUCUCUUCAGGCUUCGACGCCGUGGAGGGACACCCGUCCCCGCUGGGCGGCUACACCCUGACCUCCAAAUGUUUUGGCUAUCUGACCCGGCAGCUGAUGACCCUGGCUGGAGGCCGCGUGGUCCUGGCUCUGGAGGGGGGGCACGACCUCACCGCCAUCUGCGACGCCUCCGAGGCCUGCGUGGCCGCCCUGCUCGGCCAGGAGCUGGACCCGCUGCCGAAGGCCGUCCUGGAGCAGAGGCCCAACCCCAACGCCGUGCUGUCGCUGGAGAAGGUUUUAGAGACGCACAGUAAGUACUGGCGCUCGGUGCAUCGCUCCUCGCCGCUCUGUGGGCUCUCGCUGCUGGAGGCCAAGCGAGGGGACUCGGAGGAGGCCGAGGCCGUCAGCGCCAUGGCCUCGCUGUCCGUGGCCAACACCAACACCAUGGAUCAGAGCCGGCCGGAGGAGGAGCCGAUGGAGGAGGAGGAGCCACUGUAA